UUUUUCGUCGGAACAAAUUCCCCGCAACAAUGAGACACCCCUGUAGAACCAAAGGGGUCAAUUUACCCCUAUCGAACUAGUUCCGCGCCGUUUACCGCGCAACUAGUUACCCGGGAUUCGAACGCGGACCAGGUCUUCGUCGACUACAAUGUACUAGUUCUGCAACUAGCUACGCGGGAAGCGAACGCGGACCAGUUGAAAAAGAACCGAAAAACGAAGCCGCCUUCGUUUUGUUUUCGAAGUCGACAACUAACCCCUAUCCCAUGGAAUUAUGAAGAAAACCCGAACAAGAGUAACAAUACAGUGCUCACUCAAUUAGUUGCAACCGAUGCCACGCCAUGCAAUAUGCAUCAAAAUGGUAAUAUAAUCGUGAUAUUUUACUGUACUUGCGCUCGUGGAACGCAAGAGACAAGACACAAACUAAAUGUAUUUGUUCUCCGCGCGUUUGCUUUUUGCGUUGAUUUUUGUUCACUCCUGUUCGUGAUCUUUUGCUGGAAGAGUUAUUCUUGUUUAAAUCGGAUUAAUAUCAAUUAUAAAGUAUAAAAUAUAAAGUAUUAUAAAGAAAACUAAAAGUACAAAUUUCAAAUUAAUAAAUAAACUAAUAAAGAAGUACGUUCAGAUAUACAUAUUAUAUAUUUGAAACAAAAUGAUAAGCAAUAGGCAUUUGCGUAGACUUCGAAAGAGGGAAAGGGAAGCUAACCUUGAAAAGUUAGCGCUUUGCAGGGAAGGAAAAGUGAUAGGAAAAUUGGAAGAAAAAGAAUUGGCUGAAACAGAAAUUCAGAUAGAAGGGAAGGAAUUAGCUUAUGAAAAUACCGAGAUUCAGCCAAACAAAUCGCCAUUAAAUGAUGAACUUGGUCAGUGCUUUAUAAAGCAAAGUCCAAAGCGUGCAUGUGUAUCACCAAAAGUUAUGGGCUUUUCCAUGCCAAGCAAUGAAAAUGAGGAAGGUAAAACCUGCUCGGACGUUUUAGAUGAGCUCAAAAAAACAACCGAAACUCUGCAAUUGGAGAAUGCAGCUAUUCGUGAAACUCUGCAAUUGGAGAAAGCAGCUAUUCGUGAUCAAUUAAAAAAAGUGCUCAAAAUUUUGGCGGAUCAAACUGUUUUGAUCAAACAGCUGGUCAAGGAGAAAGGGGAAAUGAAUCCCAUUCGGGAACAAGGCACUUAGGUCCCACAAGGAAUUUUUUGCAGCUUUGCUAGAAUGUAUUACGCCUGGAGAGAACCCCGAAGGCAUUUUACGGAAAGCAAUGCAGAGGAUGGAAAAGAAGUUUUUCAAAAAGAUAUGUAUGGAAAUGGACUAGUCUAAGCUACAUACAAUUUAAUAUUAUACGUUUAUAUUG